AUGAAGAUUGAAGAAGCAUUCAGAGUCAAACAUGAAGAUACUGAGGAACAAACAAAGAUGGCAUUUAUUAAAGAUGAGAGUGAAGACGUAAAGAUUGAAGAAACAUUCAGAGUCAAACAUGAAGAUACUGAGGAACAAACAAAGAUGGCAUUUAUUAAAGAUGAGAGUGAAGACGUAAAGAUUGAAGAAACAUUCAGAGUCAAACAUGAAGAUACUGAGGAACAAACAGACCUGAUGGUGCUGAAAGAGGAGAGUGAAGUACUAGCUGAAAUGGAAGUGAAAGAUCACUAUGAGAAAAUACAUCACGAUUUCAAGAAUGGAGAAAAAUUCUGUGAAACUGAAAAGACUUCCUCACAAAAAAGAGCUCAGAAGACCAAAUCUAACAGUUACUUCACCUGCCAUCAGUGUGGAAAAAGCUUCACUCAAAAAGGAAGCCUUAAAAGCCACAUGAUAGUUCACACUGGAGAGAAGCCUUAUACAUGCACUCAAUUGGAGAGAAACCUUACACAUGCCAUCAGUGUGGACAGAGUUUCAGGCAUAACAAAAACCUCUAUACCCACAUAA